AUGAAAUUCAUAUUUAUAGACAAUAAUCCGUUGAUUGUCAAAUGUUGGAAACAUCAUUAUCAAGUAUUAUCAAACAUCUAUAAAGAAUACAAUUUCCUGUCCCAUCAUAACAUCAAAUUCAAUUUUUAUAAUCAUACCAUUGAACACAUGGUACAAAACUACAACUUCAACAAUACUGGUAAUACGGGUAAAACUUCUAUAGUGACACCAGCAAAUUCAUUGAAUUAUAUGGGUGGUGGAUUUGAUUUACAUCUUUUAAAUGCCAUAUUAUUAGGAACAAAUCAUACAUUUAAACAACUUGAAAAUAUAAUUCAAAAUCAUCAAUUACAAAAAUUUCAAGGUUAUUUAGUUCCUAACCAAAUAUAUAAAAUAAAUUUACCCGAUUUAACUGGAUUUGAAUAUAAAUCAUCUCUAGCUUAUCAGAAUUGGAAUUUAAUAGAAAUCAUUGAGAUUCCAACCAUGGUUGUCCCAGAAAAAAUCCAUUCAAUAUCACAUUUAUUUGAUUGUAUAUGGAAUUUAAUGAAUAAUAUUGAUUUUACCAAAGAAGAAGAAGAAGAAAAAGAAGAAGAAGAAGGAGAAGAAGAAAAUAUAUUGGUAUUACCAGGUAUUGGAACUGGUUAUGGUAAUUUAAAUGAAUAUGAAUCGACUAAAAUAAUGUUAUUUGCCAUUUUUUUAUAUAAUUUGUCAUUAAGAGGAAAAACCACCCCAACAACGAGGUUGGAUCAAUUAAAAAAAUCUUUAUUAAUAUUGUUUUUCUUUAAUAAAGAUUAUAGGAAACUUGAAAAUCUUAAUGAUAUUGAAGAAUUAGAAACUAAUGUAAUUAGUGAAUAUGGGAAAAAUUUAAAUCUUGUUAAUGGAACCGUUAUGGAAUUGGAAGAAGUUUUUAAAUGUAUUAGAUGGUGA